UGGGCGGAGCCUGGGCGGGGCGCGCGCAGGCGCAGGCGGCGGCCCGAUGGAGCCCGAUCCAGAACCCACAACUAUUGAGGUUCCUGCGGGGCCCGUGCUCAGUGCCCGGGAACUCCUGGCCGCCCGCGCGCGGCCCCAGAAGCUGCCCCAGCGCUUCCUCCCCGACGGCUCGGCGGCCCAGGCCGAGCGGCUGCGCCUGUGCCGCGCGGAGCUCUGGCAGUUGCUGGCGGAGGAGCGCGUGGAGCGCCUGGGCAGUUUGGUGGCCGCCGAAUGGAGACCGGAAGAGGGGUUCGUGGAGUUGAAGACGCCUGCGGGCAAAUUCUGGCAGACCAUGGGCUUCUCGGAGCAGGGCCGGCAGCGGCUGCACCCCGAGGAGGCGUUGUACUUGCUGGAGUGUGGCUCCAUCCAACUCUUCCAUGAAGACCUGCCCUUGUCUAUCCAGGAGGCCUACCAGCUGCUGCUGACUGAGGGCACCGUGACUUUCCUGCAGUAUCAGGUCUUCAGCCACCUGAAGAGACUGGGCUAUGUGGUUCGACGGUUCCAACCAAGCUCCAUCCUGUCCCCUUAUGAGAGGCAGCUGAACUUGGACAGCAGUGACCAGCGCUUGGAGGAUGGGAUUGGCAAGAGGAAGAGGAGGAGCUCCAGCUCUCGGUCCAUCAAUAAGAAGCCCAAGAUCCCGGAGAACCCCCUACAGGGAGUGGAUGGGACACCCGAGAGCCUGGGAACCUCUGUCCCACCUUCUCACAACCAGAACAGCCGAUGCCCCAAGGAGAAACCCCAGGAGUCAAGCCCUGGCCUGGCCAGGGAGGUGGUGGGAUGCAGCCAGGAAAGUGGCAAAGUGGAGAAUGGGGUCAAGGGGACUCGGAAGCCACGCUGGAACUUUGAGCAGAUCUCCUUCCCCAACAUGGCCGCAGAUAGUCGCCACACCCUCCUGCUUGCCCCAGCCCCAGAGCUGCUCCCGGCCAAUGUUGCAGGGCGAGAGACAGAUGCUGAGUCCUGGUGCCUGAAGUUGAACCAGCGGAAGGAGAAGCUCUCCAGACGCGAGCGGGAGCAACAGGCAGAAGCCCAGCACUUGCGGGAGGAUGUGAACGCGGAUCCCGAGGUGCAGCGCUGCUCCAGCUGGCAGGAGUACAAACAGCUGCUGCAGAGACGGCGCCUGCAGACCACCCAGAGCCGCCCCCAACACCUGUGGGACCAGCCUGUCACCCCCUUGCUGAGUCCCAGCCAGGCAGACUCCCCAGCCACAGUCCUCCAACAUAUCUCUGUGCUGCAGACGACACACCUUGCUGAUGGAGGUGCCCGGCUGCUGGAGAAGCCUGGGGGCUUGGAGAUCAGCUUUGAUGUUUACCAGGCUGACGCUGUGGCCACGUUCCGAAAGAAUAACCCUGGCAAGCCCUACGCCCGGAUGUGCAUCAGUGGAUUUGAUGAGCCAGUCCCAGACCUCUGCACUCUCAAGCGGCUGUCCUACCAGAGCGGGGAUGUUCCUCUGAUAUUUGCCCUGGUGGAUCAUGGAGACCUCUCCUUCUACAGCUUCAGGGACUUCACACUGCCCAGGGAUCUGGGACACUGACCAGCUCUGGCAGGGCCUGGGGCCUGCUUAGGGGGUUGGAGGGGCUUGGACUGCCUAUUCUCAGGGACCAUCUCAGCUGCCUCCUACACCCUGUAGCUGCAGGGGCUAGUCUGGGCCUUGGCCCUGGGUAUCUGACGCUUGCAGAAGAGCCACGCUGAGCCCCCUAUCUGGCUGCUGCAGCGCUUCCAAGCCCCAGGACGACCUCUGCUGCCUUGCAGUGAUGUCCUUGGAGCUCAGCACUGGACUCUAGAGACCCAGCGCCGUGGGGCAGAAGAGAGGACUCUGUGCCUUGAAACGAGAGGGUGCCUGCUUCAUGCGAUAAAGCCAAAAGCCAUAGCCAUUAAAAAAAUAGAUCCUUUU